UGAAGUGGUUGAGGCGGUAAAAGUACAUAAGCUUGAGGUGAAAAAGAAUUUCCCUAUAUGUAUGCUCACCCCAAGGACUUCUUACAGGGUUUUAUUUAUAUUAAAGAAGAAGAAUGAUAAUGAGGGACUUGACAAACCAGUGAAGCUGAAACUCCUACUACCCAACCAAGAGCCAGUUGAAUGCUCACAAAAUUUGAGUUCCAUCAAUGAAAACAAAUGGACAGAGAUCCUAGUUGGUGAUUUUAUAACCCCUUGUGAUCAUAUGUUUGGGGACGUGGAAAUCUCAAUGGCACAGACUGAUAGUGAAUAUAUGAUGAAAGGACUUGUUGUCAACAAAAUCCUCAUUUGUCCAAUAAAGAAGGAUUGGAAGGAGCUGAGUGGGGAGCAUCAAUGGGAUAGUCUCUUGGAUCCUCUCAAUGUUGACCUUAGCAAGAUUCUGACAGGAUAUGGUGAAAGACUUGAUGCCAUUUAUGACUGCAUAAUUACAGAUGUAAAUUCACCUAGGAGUGAAAGUCCCAUGUAUGAAGAAAAAGAAUUUUUUUCUAGAGUUGGCCCAGACAAAGGCAAAGCAAUGAAAUGCCAAAUAUACGAAGUGAAAAAGUAUGUCUAUGCAUGGGUUAGUGCUUCCUUCCCGUUUAAAUUGUCAAGUCGAAACAAACGUGCUUGGAUUGGUUAUGUGGCUGUGGCUACAGAUGAAGGAAUGAGAUUGCUAGGCAGGAGAGACAUUUUGGUUUGCUGGAGAGGAACUUACAAUACCGCGGAGUGGAAAAAGAAUAUUAAUUUCUGGCUAACCCCUGCUCAAGUCAUAUAUCCGACUGUCACUAAAGCUAAGGUGCACAGUGGAUUUUACUCCAUCUACACAGACUUAAAAGACGGUAAAAGUAGUGCUCGAGUUGAGGUUAUUGAUGAAGUUCAGCAUUUGAUAAAUUUAUACCAAGAUGAGGAAGUCAGUGUAACAAUAACAGGAUACAGUCUAGGCGCAGGUCUUGCUACAUUGAACGCAGCUGAUAUAGUGUCCAAUAAAUAUAAUAAGCCUAACCCUAAUCCAAAGAAUAAGGAAUUCUUGGUCACAGCCUUUGUGUUUGGGAGCCCUAAGGUCGGAGACAUAGCCUUCCAAACUGAAUUCAAUAAGCACAUAUUAGAGAGGAAGCUACAUCUCUUGCGCAUUGAAAAUGUGAAGGACUUCAUCACUGGGAUUCCACUCGGAAGCUAUGUUAAAGUGGGAAAUGAGAUAACAUUUACCCCAACCAGUGCAACCUCAUAUGAGUAUGGCAAGGUAGGUGUUGACCAUAAAUUGAAGAAUUAUAUCAGAGAAAUUCGUGCACUACCGUAUUCCUCGCGCAAGGCAUCAUAAAUUCCUUCCUCUGAGGAAGAGUCAGGUUGUAGUUUUUCUUGUUUCUAUUUUGUUUAUGAGUGCCGGUUGGCACGUUUGUGUGUGUUGACUUAUGUGCUAAGCCAUUUGAGCAAUCUGUCUUUUGUUGUGUGUGUGUGUGUGUGUGAGUGGAAGAAAUUUUACAUUUAGUGCAACUUCAUAUGAGUACGGCAAAGUGGUGCGAUAUUGAUUAUAACAUUUGUGAGUAUUUUUACAAUCAUUUUAAUGUUAUAGGUUAUUCAAAUAACAUGUAGCAGCGAUUUUAGUAUA